CCCUUCUCUUCUCUCUUUCCCGCUCGUCUUAACUACCCUUUCGUUCUCUCUCAGACUCUCUCUCUCUCUCUCGCUCGCUGUCUGCGUUCGACAACUGCUAUUUUUGAAGAUUGGCUGCGAAGAAUGAACUAUCGUUCUGAAUCAGGACCGCAACUUCUGUGAACCGGAGCAGAUGGAGUCCUCCGUCUCACACUUCAAGGCCGCGCCUUUCUCUCUCCUCCUUCUCCUCUUCGUGGCCGCGAUUAGUUGCUUCACGCAUCUCGGAUCUCACGCUCAACUUCUCCCUCUCGAUGAAGUGCGGACUCUCCAAAAAUUAUCCACAAAGUUAAACGUCCCUAAUUGGAGCUUCAACCAAAAUUCUUGCAGAGAGGGCCAUUCUCUAAACGUGACACAUAGUAAUACCAGUUUGAGCAAUAUCACAUGUGACUGCUCUUUUGACAAAAAUACUGUUUGCCAUGUCAAAACUAUCUGGCUGAAGGGUCUCAACUUAGAUGGAGUUUUUCCUGCAGAAUUUGGAGAUCUUAGUUACCUACAAGAAAUCGAUCUCACUCGCAACUAUAUUAGUGGCUCAAUUCCUGGGAGUUUGUCUAAUACCUCUCUCACUAGUAUAUCCAUUUUGGGAAACCGCAUUAGUGGUUCAAUUCCUAAGGAAAUUGGGGACAUUGCUACCCUUCAGCAUCUUGUUUUGGAAGAUAAUCAGCUUAGUGGAUCGCUUCCUGAAAAUCUUGGAAAUUUGAGGCGCUUGAUCAGACUCCAUCUCUCUGCAAACAAUUUUACGGGAACAAUACCGGAUACAUUUAGAAACUUGAAGAACCUUACGGAUUUUAGGGUUGAUGGGAAUCAAUUAUCAGGGAAAAUACCAGAUUUGAUUGGGAGUUGGACAAAAUUAGAAAGACUAGAUAUUCAAGGCACAUCCAUGGAGGGCCCCAUUCCUUCUACCAUAUCUUCUCUAACAAAUUUAACCCAAUUGAUGAUAUCUGAUCUGAAAGGAUCGAGUUCUAGAUUCCCUGAUUUUCGGGCUAUGAAAAACAUUCAAUAUCUGACACUCAGAAAUUGCUUAAUCAACGAUUCAAUCCCAGGAGACAUUGGACAAUUGACAACUCUAAGACGUUUAGAUUUAAGCUUUAAUAGGCUGACUGGUCAAAUUCCAGAGUCACUUGGGAAUUUAAAUCUUAAUUACUUGUUUUUGACUAACAACUCCUUGACUGGCACACUACCAAGUUGGGUAUUCAAGAGCGGAAAUCAGUUUGAUUUGUCGUACAACGAUUUUACAGGGUCAAUGCCAUCAGGAUGCUCUCAAUCAGACUUGAAUUUAGUUUCCAGUCAUUCGUCUUCUAACAGUGAUUCAAUUGAUUGGUGCUGGAAGAAGGACCUGCCUUGCUCUGGAAAACCCAAGUACCAUUCCCUGUUUAUUAAUUGUGGAGGAAGCAGGACUAGCUAUCAGGGAAAUGAUUAUGAAGAGGAUGCAACUAAAGCAGGCCCAACAAACUUCUUUUCUUCUUCGGAAAAAUGGGCUUAUAGCAGUACAGGGUUUUAUGUAGGCAACAAAUCUGCUCCUUACAUAGUAGAAACAUCUUCACUUGAGGAAACCGCUGGAGACAUUUACAGAACAGCUCGACUUGCCCCUGUCUCGCUCAAGUACUAUGGUCUUUGCUUGCAAAGCGGGAGUUAUAGGGUGCAACUCCACUUUGCUGAAAUAAUGUUUUCUAAUGACCAGACAUUCAGCAGCCUUGGGAAGCGUAUAUUUGAUGUAUCAAUUCAAGGAAAGCAAGUUCUGAAGGACUUUAAUAUCAUGAAAAACGCAACAGGUGCUGGUAAGGGCAUCGUUAAGGAUUUUAACCCUGUUAUUGUCAAUGGUAGCACUCUGGAGAUCCACUUAUACUGGUCAGGAAAGGGGACAAAUGCCAUACCUGACAGAGGUGUAUAUGGACCUCUUAUAUCUGCCAUCACAGUGACACCAAAUUUUGAUGUCAGUACAGGCUUAUCCGUUGGGGCUAUUGUCGGCAUUAUAGUUGCUUCAUGUGUGGUGGCGGUGGUAUUGAUUUUGGCAAUUUGGAUAUGUUAUUUAAGAGGAAAAGACCUUGAAGAUAAAGAACUACGACGAGGGCUAGAGCUGCAAACAGGUUAUUUCACUUUAAGACAGAUCAAGGCUGCUACUGGUAACUUUGACCCCUCCAAUAAAAUAGGUGAAGGUGGAUUUGGGCCUGUAUAUAUGGGUGUCUUGUCAGAUGACAGGGUCAUUGCGGUUAAGCAACUCUCCUCCAAAUCGAAGCAAGGUAACCGUGAAUUUGUCAAUGAGAUAGGCAUGAUUUCUGCCUUGCAACACCCAAAUCUUGUGAGGCUUUAUGGCUGUUGUAUAGAAGGAAAUCAAUUGUUGCUCAUAUAUGAAUACAUGGAAAACAACAGUCUUGCCCGUGCGCUUUUCGGUCGUGAGGCAGAGCGGCUUAACUUGGACUGGACUAUAAGAAAGAAAAUUUGCUUGGGGAUAGCAAAGGGAUUAGCAUAUCUUCAUGAGGAAUCAAGGUUAAAAAUUGUUCAUAGAGACAUAAAGGCAACCAAUGUUCUGCUUGAUAAGGAUCUAAAUGCUAAGAUAUCCGACUUUGGUUUGGCUAAGCUUGAUGAAGAGGAGAACACACAUAUCAGCACACGAAUUGCUGGAACAAUAGGUUACAUGGCUCCUGAAUAUGCAAUGAGGGGUUACUUGACAGAUAAGGCCGAUGUUUACAGUUUUGGAGUUGUUGCACUAGAAAUUGUCAGUGGUAAAAGUAAUACAAAUUACAGACCAAAGGAGGACUUCGUAUAUCUUCUUGAUUGGGCCUAUGUCCUACAAGAACAGGGUAACCUUCUGGAGCUUGUUGACCCAAGUCUCGGCUCAAACUAUGCCAGAGAAGAGGCAAUGAGGAUGCUGAACUUGGCUCUUUUAUGCACCAACCCAUCUCCUACUCUCAGACCAGCCAUGUCUUCUGUAGUGAGGAUGCUGGAGGGACAAAUUCCAGUGCAAACCCCGAUAAUCAGUGGCAUGAACCAGGACAUGAGGUUGAAAGCCUUUGGAAAGCCAGGACAGGACAAUCUAACAGAUUUCUCAACAUUCUCCCAAGACAGACAAAUGCAGAGAGGCAUGUCGAUGGAUGGCGCAUGGGUUGAUUCCUCCGUCUCUGCACCAAGUAAUGAGGAUAAUUAUUCUGCAUCGAGCUCGCUUCUUCCAGAUCUUUACAACAUUAAGUUAAAUUGAUGAAAAUCAAAGGUCAAAAGGCCUAUGUCCUACAAGAACAGGGUAACCUUCUGGAGCUUGUUGACCCAUGUCUCGGCUCAAACUAUGCCAGGGAAGAGGCAAUGAGGAUGCUGAACUUGGCUCUUUUAUGCACCAACCCAUCUCCUACUCUCAGACCAGCCAUGUCUUCUGUAGUGAGGAUGCUGGAGGGACAAAUUCCAGUGCAAACACCGAUAAUCAGUGGCAUGAACCAGGACAUGAGGUUCAAAGCCUUUGGAAAGCCAGGACAGGACAAUCUAACAGAUUUCUCAACAUUCUCCCAAGACAGACAAAUGCAGAGAGGCAUGUGGAUGGAUGGCCCAUGGGUUGAUUCCUCCUUCUCUGCACAAAGUAAUGAGGAUAAUUAUUCUGCAUCCAGCUCGUUUCUUCCAGAUCCUUACGACAUUAAGUUAAAUUGAUGAAAAUCAAAGGGUAUAUACUUUGCUUGAAAUUCUUUUCAAAGGGUAGAUUCUUACAGCUAAACUUUCACUGAUAUUAAUAGAUGAGGUACAGGAAAGUUGCUAUCUA